AUGUUUGAGACUGGUGGAUCCUCAUCCAUUCUAGAGUAUUCUCCAACUCGACCUUCACUAAAUGAAGCUUAUAUUAGAUUAGUAAAACAUCUGGCUCAAUCUAGUCCAACUUCCUCACACGGAAAAGGAAUAUCAUUUAAGGAGGGUCGGACAGAUGAUGGAAAAUCUUCUUCGCCUGAUCUUCGAGAGGAGAUUGGGAUUCUCCGUCAACAGCUCAUCGAAAAGUCAAUUCAGAUGGAUCAGCUUUCUGCAUACAUAUUUGUGCUCAGGGCGAUAGAUGAAGAAAAGACCAAACAAAUUAAUGAACUACAAACGAGUCUUGGAUCUCCUCAUGGAAUCGUUGAUCCUCCCACAGAUCAAUUACCUCCUGCAACUAAUGAUCUCCCUGUCAACCCACCUGCUCCAAUAACAACUACAACUGUCAAUAGGUUUGAAAAAGAACCAGAAGGAAGUAGAGCCAGAAUCACAAUCAAACAGGGCAAAAGAAUCGUAACUGCAAAUCAAAGCGAAGGCCUUUUAUUCAUGAAAAAAUCUAAUGAAAAUCGCAAAGCAAGAGACCCUGUUUUGAUAGUAACAAAUUUGAAGAAAAGAAAGUUCGGUGAUAAGUAUGGUGAUAGGACAGACGAAUUAUCCAGGGCCCCAUUUCAUAAUCCGUGCGAAAAUCUCAGUGCUUCAAAUUUCAAAAGGUUUCUCGACACACAGGUCAGAGAAAACUUUCCAUCAAUGAAGACUGCAAAAGCUCUAUAUAGAAAAGACAAAGAUGUUCUUGAUAUAGAAUCAGGUGAACCCAUGAAGAUCAUACUACAGCCUGCAACUAAGAAACAAAAGUUAAUUCCUAUUCCUACACAUUUUCAUGAAGGAUAUCUGGAUAGUAUGGAAAUUUGGGCCUAUGAUGACAAAACUGCAACUGCAGCUAUCAAAUUCAAGGAUCAAGAACACGUUUUGAGAUUGAUUAAUGCCAAAGAUCUUCUUCGUUUCAGAGAAAGGGAUAUACGAACUCUGGCGCGUCAUCAAAUCAUUUGCAGAAAAGAUGUCAUGGAAGCUGUUGCUAAAGAAUUCACUGCAAUGGUGGCUACGAUCAUCAAUGGAAGAAUGUGGAUGGGCUCUAUGGGGAGAUUGGAUCUAAGGCUGUUUGAGAAGCCUGCUGAGAAGCCAAACAAAUAA